CUACGAAGGCAGUCUUGCUCUUGUAAACAGGUAGAGCAGAAGAGAAACAACUUCAAGAGCCGUAUGGCUUUCUAGCAGACUAACAAGUACAGUUAGGGGAAGAAGGAGACCUUUGAGAGAGAGAGAGAGAGGAUGCUAGGAAAGAGGUUGGCUUCUACCCUUCUGAAGAUUUCUCCGGCAACCCAAUCUGCGAGGCUUUUUUCCCAGUCUACGGAGGAAGGGAGGACCAAGAAUUUGGGUCGCAAGGUGGUCUCGGUUGUGUUGCUUAGUCUCACAGGUGGUGUUGCUUUGAGUGCUCUGGAUGAUCUUGCAAUUUAUCAUGGAUGUAGCAGUAAGGCCAUGGAAAAAGCAAGUCAGAACCAAGCAAUUAAGGAUGCUCUUGGUGAACCUAUUGUGAAGGGCCCAUGGUACAAUGCAUCACUGGCAGUUGCUCACAGGAGGCACUCUGUAUCUUGCACAUUUCCAGUGUCUGGACCACAAGGAACUGGUGUGUUUCAGUUGAGGGCUGUUCGUCAUGGAGAAAACACAUGGCUUUCAUUUUUCCGGCCUCUGGACUGGGAGAUCCUAAUUAUGGAAGCUCUUCUUCAUGUUCCUGGGAAUGAAGAGAAGAACCAGACAUUUCGGAUAAGUAUUUCAGAAGACACUCCACCGCCUGCAUUUAAUGAAUGCACCAGUUGUAAGCUUCAAGAAUCAGGACCACAGAAAAGGUGAAACAAACAUAGUUGGGUCAGAUAAAUUUCCUUUUUCUCCCCGCCCCCUCUUCUCCUUUUCAGUUUCCAAUUGAAUUUGUUGUCUCCUUAUGAGUUAGGGGGUAUUCUUCACAGGGAAGACAUGCCAUUGAAGCCACGAAAUGGAUUUGUCAUCAGAAUAAAUUCUGUAAAAUUUUGGGUUUUUUU